GGAAAAGGAAUUGUGGAUUAUUUAAUCCAAUCAAAUAGUCGUCGGUUGCCUGGCGGUGACACAAGCCGGAAGUGAGCGGAAGUAUGGCGGCGCCGGAGGGAGCGAUCUUCGCCGAUCCGCUGCUCCAAAUGACAAAUUCUGAAGGUCCAGGUUUGUUAGACCUCUCGAAUCAGGGUCUCCAUAAACCGGAUCCAAGGUGGUUCUGUCCCGGAGAGUUGCACACGCUGAUUCUGGACCAGAACCACAUCAUGAAGCUGGAGCACCUGGAGCGUAACGACGCCCUGCGGCAGCUGUCUGUGGCCUGUAAUCGUCUGGUGCGCAUGAUGGGCGUCUCGAAGCUGACCCACUUACGAACCCUGAACCUCCCCAACAACAGCAUCGGCUGCAUCGAGGGGCUGAAGGACCUGCGUCACCUGCAGUGGCUCAAUCUAGCUGGAAACAACAUCAAGGUCAUCGAGCAGCUCAACGACUGCGUUUCCCUUCAGCAUCUCGAUCUGUCAGACAAUAAUAUUUCUCACAUAGGAGACCUCACCCAGCUCUCAGCGUUGAAGACUCUUCUUCUGCAUGGAAACAUCAUCACGACUCUGCGCACCGCUCCUGCUCACCUGCCAGCAAACCUCACUGUCCUGUCGCUCGCAGAGAACGAGAUCAGAGACCUGAGCGAGGUGUCGUAUCUAGCUCCGUUACACAGCCUGGAGCAGCUGUCCGUCAAGAGUAACCCGUGUGUUAUGGCCACGCCGGCUCUGCCCGCCUGCGAUUAUCGCCCGUAUGUCGUCAGCUGGUGUCUCAGUCUGAAGGUGCUGGAUGGAUAUGUGGUUUCACAAAAAGAGGGACUGAAAGGAGAAUGGCUCUACAGUCAAGGUAAAGGGCGAAUGUUUCGGCCAGGGCAGCAUGCACAGCUGGUCCAGUAUUUGGCAACCACGUGUCCGCUGACCGCCACAACUGCCUUACAGUCAGCAGAGGAUGCUAAACUUGAGAGAAUCCUCAACAAACAGCGACAGCAUCAAAACCAGCUGCAGCAAACACGUCACUGCUGCUCGAGUCCGUCUCGCCCCACGCAUCUCAACGUUCACAAGAACACGGAUGUGGAUGUCAUUGCUCAGGCAGAUGUGGAUCCAGGAGUUCAGGUAAACACGUGGAUGAGCUCUGUGUCUUCAGCCGUGAUCGCUGCGGUCCGUCUGCCGCCCGCCGCUGAAGACGGGAUGAUUCUGGAGGAUGUGCAGACUGAUGAGGAGAAGCUUCACGGCAGUCUGCUGUCCUCGGAGUCUGCAUUCCUGCCCUUUAACCCUGCCGUUCAUCCAGCUUCAGCUCCUGACAGCGGGGAGGAGGAGUUUGAUGAUUCUCUGGCUCCUCCCACAUCCACACAGCUCCACCCAUCGGAGGAGUCAGUGGGAGGAGCCGUCCUCAGCUCUCCUGUGGACCGGACUGACAGAACCAGUGUGUUAAGCAGAGAUGUGCUACAGAACAGUUCUGCGGAUGAGAUGCAGAAAGCUGCUGCACUGCAGUGUGAACUAAAGCCGUGUGAAGCGCGUGAUGCAGCGGUCAGGAUCCAGUCGUGGUGGAGGGGUCACUGGACGCGGCUCUGCCACCCACAGGCCAAAGAAGUGCGUGCUGAGAUCCGCUUGCGAAGGAUGCAGGAUCACAUCGUCCACCUGACCGCAGAACUAGAGAGGGUGCGCAAGCAGCACGAAGAAGAGCGACUGCAGAGACGUGUGCAAGAAGAAGCGGUGAAGUUCCUGUGGAAGCAGCUUCAGGUGCUGCUGGAGUGGCAGUCGUCUGUGAACGAGCGGCUCAGCGUGGCACAGAGUUCAGCGUCAGAUCCCAGCAUUCCCACAGCGGCUCCUGUCCACACGGAGAUCUCCAUCCCGGAGUCUGGCUUUCAUUCCCGGGGAGAGCGAGCGUCGGGGGGGGGCAGUCUGCUGGAGCAGUAUCUGUCCUCUGUGCAGCGACAAGACGAAGACGAGGGCGACAAAACAGGAACACCUCGAGAUCCAUCCGAUCUCUCUCCUCAUGGGAAAGAAGAGUGCUUGUCCUGACCGGAGUGGAAGCAGAGGUCACGCUGCUGAAAGGUGUUUAGGAAUCACAGGACUCUGUCGGACUCGUGUGCCCUGCCUCCGGCUCUUCUCCAAGAUCACACACUAGCCUGUUUUAAUGACUGGCCUUCGGCAGACUUGUAGACUCGUUGCCUUCUAUCUCCAUGUUACAUACAUGCUGUCAGCAGACUGAAGAAGCUCAUGUUUAACUCCACAGUGACUUUUGUAUGACUGGCCGCUGCUGCCUUCGGGCUUUCUAACAGUGAAGUACAUACACUGCUGGAUAUCAGCAUACAGAUUUCUGUUGAAGUACUUUACAUCUUUACAUACCCAGGGUGCCAAGCUCUUUCAGUGCACUUAGCAGUAGACUUGUUUCCUUUGGAACGUGGAGCCUGGACGUAGCCUUGAACUGUAGAGGAGCAUGUAUGUAUGUGUAAUGAAUGUGAAAUGAUUUGAUAGUCUGCUGCGGUUCGAACCCUACUGAGAGCUGUGUGCAUCUGGAUAUUUACAGUAUGUGCUGCAACUAGUGUUCAGUGUGGCAUAUGCAAGUUUUUUAUUUUACAUUUUUAUUCUUUUUUCUGUGUUAUAUAUUUUAAAAUUCAUUUUUGUAAAUAAAGUUUUACUUUCUUUCUCCA